UCCCCGCCCUCCCCCCAGAGAAACGGGCAGGAGGGGCUUGCUCUUAAACAGAUGGGCACGGCGAGGAGGGAUCGAAGACGCCAGUUUCACUCGAACCAGUGCGGGCGGCAGCGUGAAAGCUUUAUCCGCCCUUCUGUAAUAACCCCGAAUUAUUCACCGUUUACACAGCUUCUCAUACCCAAUACCACUCUUGCUGUUGAACGCUAAGCGAUUGUAACUGGACCCGGCCCACCUUAAAAAAUACAGCAACAGAGAAUCAGAGCGAGAGAGAGAGAGAGAGGAGAGACUGGCUUAUCGGGUGCCCAUCUGCCGCUGUCGUUGGACAUUGGACUGGGAAUUUGCAUUGUCGGAAGAACACCCACCAAAAUACACAUCGCUGUUCAUUUUUUUUUUUUUUUUUUAUUAUUAUUAUUUUUUAGGUUAGCUUGGGAAAAAAAAUACAUACUGAUUUUUACCCAAGACUGAUAUCCCUUUUUUGUGCCACUAUGCCCGGGUUUGAUUACAAGUUUUUGGAGAAGCCCAAGCGGCGGUUUCAGUGCCCGCUGUGCAGCAAGGCGCUGAGGGAUCCGGUGCAGGUUUCCACCUGCGGACACCGGUUCUGUGAUACCUGCCUGCAAGAAUUCCUAAGUGAAGGAGUGUUUAAAUGUCCAGAAGACCAGCUGCCCCUCGAUUAUGCGAAGAUCUACCCUGACCCUGAGCUGGAGCAGCAGAUCCUGUGUCUCCUGAUCCGUUGUAUCCACAGCGAGGAGGGCUGCCGCUGGUCUGGACAGAUGAAACAGCUGCAGUCCCACUUUUCGACGUGUGCGUUCAACGUGAUCCCGUGCCCCAACCACUGCCCGAUCAAGCUGACGAGGCGGGACCUCCCGGACCACCUGCAGUACGACUGUCCCAAACGCCAGCUCAGGUGCGAGUUUUGUGGCAAUGAGUUCACUGGAGAGGCUUACGAGAAUCACCAGGGGAUCUGUCCUCAGGAGAGCGUGUACUGUGAGAAUAAGUGUGGGGCUCGGAUGAUGCGCAGACUGCUGGCCCAGCACUGUCUCAGCGACUGCCCCAAGCGCACCCAGCCCUGCAAGUACUGCGGCAAGGAGUUUGUAUUCGACACCAUCCAGAGCCAUCAGUACCAUUGUCCCCGGUUCCCAGUUCAGUGCCCGAACCAGUGCGGAGCCCCCAACAUCGCCCGCGAGGAUCUCGGCACUCACAUGAAGGACAGCUGUGGCAGCGCCCUGGUGCUGUGCCCCUUUAAAGAUGCUGGCUGCAAACACAGGUGUCCCAAGGUGGGACUGAGCAGGCACGUGGAUGAAUCCAUGAAGGUCCACCUGUCCAUGAUGUGCAGCCUGGUGAGCCGGCAGCGCCUGGAGAUUUUGGACCUGCGGAGGGAGGUGGAGGAGCUGUCCGUGAGCCACGACGGAGUCCUGAUCUGGAAGAUAGCGGACUAUUCCCGGAAACUGCAGGAGGUCAAGACACGGAACAACUUUGAGUUCUUCAGCCCGCCCUUCUACACCCACAAGUACGGCUACAAGCUGCAGGUGUCAACCUUCCUUAACGGGAACGGCAGCGGGGAAGGCACCCACCUCUCCAUCUACAUCCGAGUCCUGCCUGGGGAGUACGACAACCUCCUGGAGUGGCCCUUCUCCUACAAGGUGACCUUCUCGCUCCUGGACCAGAGCGACCCAUCCCUGUCUAAGCCCCAGCACAUCACGGAGACCUUCAACCCCGACCCCAGCUGGAAGAACUUCCAAAAGCCCCCGAGCACCAGGAACUCCCUGGACGAGAGCAUGCUGGGCUUCGGGUACCCCAAGUUCAUCUCUCACGAAGAGAUCAAGAAGAGGAACUACAUCCGGGACAAUUCCAUCUUCCUCAAAGCUUCCAUAGAAAUCCCCCAGAAGAUCAUUGCAUGAGAGUUUGUGUUGCAUUUCAGGAAGGACUAUCUGUGAUGAGACACGGGAGCCCUCCCAGGAUGUUAAUCCAAACCCUUAUAGGCAGGUGAGCCUGUUUGCAGAGCUCUGAGUGGCAGCAGAAGAGGCAGAUUUGUAUGCUGGUUCUGUACCUCAAAAGAUCCUACAUCAGUGUCCUCCAAACUGAUCCACCUAGACUUGAAGCUCUAGGCUCCAGUUUCUGGAUAUUGAUGAGCUGAGUUUGUUUGUUUACAGAGACCAGCUUACUGGAGGAGGAGUGUGGCAGUCACAGGGAACUGGUGUGUGUUUGAUAUUUACUGGAAACACUUCUAGAUUCUACAGUGCCCACAGUUGUGCUGCUGUUUUCUGUUCAUGCCAGUACAAAAAAAGUAAUGUGCAUUGGAACAGGGCGGUGGAAAAAAUAUGGUUAAUUUUUUUUUUUUUUUAAACAGUGGUCCACUCUUCAUUUUGAUGUUGUCUGGAUAUAUUUUAUGCAGUUGGAGCUUAUUGAACAGAAUAGAAGGAGCAAUGAUAAAACAUCUGAAUACUCUAGUUAGUGAACAUACAUACAUACAUACAUACAUACAUACAUACAUACAUACAUAUACAUACAGGGAAACACAAGCACACACAGACAGAGCCAUGUCAGGCAUGGAAGUCCAAAGGGGUGCUUUUUAUACAUUGGACAAAGACACUGAAAACAAAACGGCCAAGUAUUAGACAGUAAUGUAUCAUCAGUACAUGGUUUAGAUUAACAUACAAAAUGUGAGCAGGUCAAAGAUACGUCAUUUACAUUUGAAAUGUGUGUGUGUGUGUAUAAAACAUGAGAUAAUAGGUGCUAUUGUAAGAUAAUAUGGUUCUGUUGGGAUAACAAUAUCAUAACAAACCACAGCUGCCUCUCUGCUGUCUAGUCCUCAGAAAGCUGGUGUGAAAUAAGCCAUGAAACAUCCCGCAGGGGCUGGGGAACGUGCCGUUUCCAGAUUCACGUGCGUCUUUAAUGAGCAGGGACAGGAUUCUGAAAGGGAGACGCAGGACAAUUAAUAAUGUUGAGCGUCCAGCAGUCCCGGGACCUGUAAACUGCAUUAGUUGCUUUUCCAAGCACGGACUGAAAUACAUUGCUGUGGUUCUUGCAGCCUAUCGGCGAGGUGAAUUUACAGACAGAGUGAUGGAAGAAGUCCUAAUCAACUGGCAAAAAUUUGAACUGUAUAAGCAAAUAGAGUAACACGUUAAUAUAAUUCUAUAUAUGUGUGUGUAUGUGUGCGUGUAUACAUAUAAACUGAUGUAUAUAAGUUAAAGCACACUUUCUCUACUGUUUUUAUCAUAGUAAACAUUUUACAGCAAUUGAGAACAAUGAAGAUUUUUUGUAGCCAUAUUUUUCAAAACUGAAGUAAGUGGUUUCUAUGGGUAGAAGUUUUAUACAAAAAACAUCUUAAAAAGGGAAGGGGGGGGGGGGGUGAUAUUUUACAGAGCAUUUUGUUUCUAAUUUUUGUUGUGUGUUUUGUUUUUUUGUUUAAAGAUCUCUCCUGUAUUAUUUCUCCUUGUGAAUUGUAUUUAUUCGUAAGGCUAUGCUGUUGAUUUAGAAUGAUGAAUUGGUUAUGAUCGGUUGAAUGGCGAUUGCUUGUCAAACCUGUUGUUUUGAAAUAAAAUAUUACUCCAGAA